CCCUGCCCUCGGCGGGCAUGAGCCUGGCCCACACCACUGUGCUCCUGUGGGCCUGGGGCAGUCUCCAGGCCUUUGAAAUCGUGGAGAAAGAGAACAUUUUCCAGAAGACCCCCUGCCCGGCCUUCCUGAUAUUUGACAAUGCAGCCUACCUGGCCGACAUGAGCUUUGAGCUCCCCUGCCACUGCAAGCCUGAGGAGGUGUCGGCUGUAGUCUGGUACUAUCAGAAGCACCUGGGUAGCAGCCACACCAAGGUACUGACGGACUUUGACGGGCGGGUGCUGACGGAGGCGGCCCAGGUGCGGGUGGGCAGCGACAUGCUGGUCCGCUUCAGCAUCCGCAUGUUCAGCUUGUUGGUUUUCCGGGCCCAGCCCGAGGACUCGGGCCUGUACUUCUGCGGCACUCGCAAGGGGGACUACUUUUACGCCUACGAUGUGGACAUCCAGAGCAACAAAGGAAUGGUGGCCACCUUCAAGGACAAGGGCCAGGAGCCCUCCGAAGAUGAGCACCGUGGGAGCCUCCAUGUCUUCACCACCUUCUGGGAGUGGACGCCCUGUGACCGCUGCGGGGUGCGCGGGGAGCAGUGGCGCAUCGGUCUCUGCUACCUGCAGAGCCCAGACCUCUCCCCGCGCUACCGCAAGACGCUGCCCGACGUGGUGUCCUGUGGCUCGCGGGCUGUGCCGAGGAGGCUGCGGGACGCCUCCAGGGACCACACGCCCGAGCUGAUGGUUCAGAGCUGCCUGGUGCCCUGUGAGAAGGUGACGACCCGGAAGGGCAUGCUGGCCAUCUUCGACUACGUGUCCAAAGUGGGCAGCCGGCCCUGGGUGCCCCAGGUGCCCAUUCAGUUCCACCAGCAGAGGCUAGGCCACGGACUCAUCAUCUCCUGCCCUGGGGCCCGGCCAGAGCACGCCGUGGCCUGGGACAAGGGUGACCAGCACCUGUACCGCACAGAGUACCUGAAGGGCGUCAGCAGGUCCAUGCGGGUGUUCAUUGACCACGGCAACCAGCUGCACAUCCGCUUCACCCAGCUGAGUGACCGAGGCAUCUACUACUGCUGGCGGCAGGGAGUGCGGGUCGCUGGGUUCCGGCUGGCUGUGACAUCCCAAGGGCACUACCAGUUCUCGUUCUCGGACCCUGAGACUCGCUCCGCCCUGCAGCUUAUCCUGUUGGGCUACCUGCUCAUCACGGCAGUCUUUGUCACCAUUCACCUCUGUCGUUGCUGCUGUUACUUAUUUCGCUGUUGUCCCAACUUCUCCCCCUGA